UGGUGUGAGAUUAUUUUGAAUCUGGUGUGAGAUUAUUUUGAAUCCGAACUGUCCAUCACGACAUCUUGACAAUGAUGUCUUGGAUGUCUUUGUAUCCUAAAUUGAGCAGUGUGCACUUCAAAUUCCAAAGGCGAGAGGGAGCUGCUAUAGCGACAAGUGAGUGCUACUGACCACCGCAGAGUCAGGACACCGUUCUCUCUCCGGCAGUCUUACUGGACCAAACCCUAGUUUGUUUCCUCCAUGGACGGCGGCAACAGCGGAGGACGAGACAAGGGUUCGCCUCCACCAAAGCCAACAAAGUUCGCGGUGUAUCAGAACCCAGCCCUCUCCGCCGCCUUAACCACCAACAGCCUCCGCCCUCCCAAGUCCUCACUCCUCUGCAUUCUCUCCCUUUCCGCUGCCUCUGCCUUCGCUCUCCUCAGCAUCAUUGCCAGGGAAAAAGGGUUUAUUGACAGUUUGAAGCUCAGUUUUAUUCCUUCCCAUGUUGCUUUUUGGUUUGGGAAAGCAUUGCAAACCGUUCUGGGCUUUGUUUUUCUGGGAACCAUGCUUGCCCUUGUCAAAGUCAUUUCCCUACAGAGGGCAACAAAUGCCGCAGGCUUAACAGUUAUAUCUCCCUCUAAAGGGAGAAAGGAACAAACUGUUCUUACAAGUCGACAGUUAGGGCUUUUAGGGAUAAGGGCAAAGAUUGAAAAAGCGGUUACACAACCUUUGAAGAAACCUCCUAAAACAAAAUCCAACUCAUCAUCUCCUGCUGAUGUCCUUGUCCCACUUCACCCGCAAAUUACUAUUUCCAAUCGGUCUUCUCAGCUUGGCAGCGGAAAAUCGAACACGAGUAGUGGGAGUAAGACAUAUACUUUCAGCACCCCUUCCAAACCAUCAGGUUCUACAUUUCCUUUAUAUCUUGUGCCUGCAGCUGCUUCACAGUUGCCUUCUUCUCAGACUUCACCAGGUUUCGAUCAAUUGGUUACCACUCCUUGGUCAAAUAAGCGAGCUUCCAAUGCUAGAGAGAUAGCAACAGAAGAAGACCUUGAACAGUUUUUGGUUGAUGUUGGCGAGAAAAUUUCCGAAUCAGCUGGAAGAUUGGCAACUCCACCUCCUACCUUACGUGGUUUCAGUCUAGCCAGCCCCAUCACAGUUACCACUUCAGCUAACAGUUCUGGAACUACGAGAAGUACACCGUUGAGGCCUGUCAGGAUGUCUCCUGGUUCCCAGAAGUUCACUCCUCCCAAGAAAGGGGAAGGAGAGCUUCCUUCACCCAUGUCAAUGGAAGAGUCAAUUGAAGCUUUUGAGAAUGUAGGCAUCUAUCCUCAGGUUGAGCAGUGGCGUGAUCGCCUCAGGCAGUGGUUUUCUUUGGUUCUGCUAAAUCCUCUGCUUAGCAAAAUUGAUACUAGUCAUAUGCAGGUAAUGCAAGCAGCUACUAAACUUGGUAUCUCAAUUACAAUCGGUAAAGUGGGAAGUAAUUUACCAACUACAGGAACUCGUGCUACUGUUUCUUCAGUUGAGAGACCUGAUGAAUGGCAGCCAGCUACUCUCGAUGAAGACAGUCUUCUUCAUCAAUUACGUGCUACCCUUGUGCAAGCUCUAGAUGCCUCUACCUCAAAGUUACCUUUAGGCAAUAUGCAACAGUCCCCACAACAGAACCCCAUGAUUCCUAUAAUACAGGAGUGCAUCGAUGCAACUACUGAACACCAGAGGCUCCGUGCCCUUAUGAAAGGAGAGUGGGCUAAGGGUCUGUUACCACAAAGCAGUGUUCGGGCAGAUUAUACAGUACAAAGGAUACGGGAACUUGCUGAAGGAACCUGCUUGAAGAACUAUGAGUACCUAGGGAGCGGGGAGGUUUAUGACAAAGUGAAUAAGAAGUGGACUCUUGAGCUUCCCACAGAUUCUCACUUGCUCUUAUACCUCUUUUGUGCUUUCCUGGAACAUCCAAAGUGGAUGCUACAUGUGGAUCCUACAUCCUAUGCUGGAGCUCAGUCUAGCAAGAAUCCUUUAUUUGCGGGUGUUUUGCCACCAAAGGAGAGGUUUCCUGAAAAGUAUGUAGCUGUUAUAUCUGGUGCCCCAUAUGUGCUUCAUCCAGGAGCUUGUGUAUUGGCUGUUGGAAGACAGAGUCCCCCAAUCUUCGCCCUAUACUGGGAUAAGAAGCCACAGCUCUCUUUUCAGGGAAGAACAGCACUGUGGGAUUCUAUCUUGCUUCUGUGCCAUCGGAUAAAUGUUGCGUGCGGAGGGGUUGUUCGGGGAAUGCAUCUUGGUUCUUCAGCCUUGGGCAUUCUUCCAGUUCUUGAUCCAGAAACUGAGGAGUGAGAAACAUGUUGGUGUGUGCUAUGGUCAGUCUUACUGUAAGAGUGAGAGUUGCAUCAGAGAUUCAAUCUCAACCAGGCAUAUUGGCUUUAUACGCCUCCUGCUGUGGGAGCGAUAGCUUUCAUCUGCAAGUCAAGUUUAAAUAGGAAUAUCAUUAUUCGGGGUGCUUGCGAAAUCAGACCACCUUCCAUCUCUUUUGAAGUCUGGCGAUUGACUUGGAUUUGCAGUUCUGAUAGUUUUGAUGGAAACUCGUAAAGUGAAGCUUGUGACUGGAACCAAAAACAGAAAACAAUUUUGUUCGUCGAGUGGGAAUUCCGUGCUGUUCUUUCAUCAGGGCUAGAAUCCAACACCAUUUUUUUUUUUUGUCAUUUGUUAAUCCUAAUCUAUUCUAUCUUAAGGAAUUUGAGGAGGGGUAUGAGUGCUUACAGGAAUUGAACCCUACCCAUAUGCAUGGAACUUAUAAGUAUAAAAGAAGCUCCAAUGGCACUGCACUCCACUUGCAACGUUAAUAAGCAAUGGGUUUGCAGCUUUUGCCGUGGCAUAGUAAAAUCUAAAGGUUGGCAGUAUCCAAAGGACCAAAAUGGUAGUUCAAGUAAGGUGCUUGAUGGUGAGAAGCUUUAGGAUGUCGAGAAACAAAAAGAAAGCCGAAACACAGUAUCCGUAACUACAAUUGCUAUACACAAAAAGACGGAUUUUUUUUGUUAUAUUUAAUGAUAUUUAUGUUCAUAAAUUUUCAAAAUAAGAUUAAAUGUGGAAAUUUUUUAAGAGAGAGUUUGAACAUAAGAGGAAGUCUGAAAGUUUUUUUUGGCCUUAAAUCUAUAGAUGCAAGAAAUUUAAAGUUCAAACUUGGUAUGGAAAAAAAUUAUUUGAGAAAAUAUCACGCAGGAGAGAGAGCCAACGUAAAAGCUUAUUCCUAUUUUUAGUAAAUACCUGUUCAAUUUUUUUUUAGUAAAACUUUUUCUUAGUUAGGUGUCAUUCUCUCUAACUUUAUGAUAUUUUUAAGGCUUGAAAGAGAAUGUUGUUAUGUUGCCUUCGGUAUUUGUUUUUCCUCUUUUUUAAAUUUUUGUUAGAUUCAUAUUAUAUUUUUUGAAUAAAUUAUUUGUCUUGAGGAGAGAGUACAAAAUUAAAAAUUAUGACCAAAAUAAAAAAAAAUUCAGUAAAGACGAGAACUUUUUAAUUUUGAUGUAUAUUUUUAUACUUUUUUAAUUUCCUUCGUGGAUAGGAGUACUAAUUUAAAAAAUUCUGACAAAACAUUACUCCAUUAUCGUAUGAACCUUUCACGCAAAUCACACAUAGAUACCUGACAUUAACGAAAUAUCACAUAAACACAUGAUGUAUUAAAAAACUCAUCAAUUAAAUUCUUGUCGUCAACCUCCGUCCAAAAACAAACAGAAAAUAUGUUUCUCUCCAGUUUUGCUACCCAACUAAUUUUUUUGCACAUUUUUGUGGAGCCCAUUUUUGGGUCUUACACAAAUGAUCUGAUCCGUUCUUCUAAAAUAUUUUUUCGAGCGAUUCGCAAAAAAUCAGCUCCAUCAAAUGAAUGUAAAUAUUUGAUCCAAUCUUCACAAUUUUUAAUUUAAAAUUCUGAAUAAAAAAUUGUAAGAUUGGAUAGACUUAUAUUUAUCCGAUGGAGCUGAUUUUUCACGGGGUCAAGUAAAAAAAUAUUUUAAAAUUAAUGAAUAUAUCGGAUCAUUCUUUUACACCUAAAAGUGGGCCCCACACAAAAUCAGUGUAAUACUAAGAGAUGGGUUUUGAUAAAAAAAAAAUUAAGUGUCUUUAUUCAAAUUUCUUUCGCAUUUGUUAUUUUUGGGUCAAAUUUUUAUGACUUUUUGAUUCGUCUUGAUGAAAGAAAUCAGAAAAGUAUAAAUUUUUUUAUUGAAACUCAUAAUAUUUUGAAUAAUGACACAAAAUAAUUCAAAAACUGUAAAAAAAAUUAGGAGUUUCGAUCAAAAUUUUAUACCUUUUUGAUUCCUCUCAUCGAGAUGAAUCAUUAAGUCACAAAGGUUUGACCCAAAACUAACAAAUGCAAUUUUUUUUUCAAUAA